CCGCGUCCGAGACUCUGCUUCGUUAUCCGCUCGCUUCUGGUUCAAACCACAGUACACGAUCUAUUCAAGAAUCGAUAUCUGAUCUCUAUCCUCGAAAUUACUCCUCCACACAUCCACACACCCAUCUCAACAACUAUGUGUAAACACGUCCUCAACGCGCAAGUGGCAAUCCGAAGUCCUUGUUGCAAGAAAUGGUUCGAUUGCGCCGAAUGUCACCAAGAGACCGAAAAGCAUCCCCUUCAGAAAGCCAGUGAAAUGGUCUUCGCCUGCAAAAAGUGCAAAAAAUGCUUCCGCAAAGACACCGCCGAUUUCGACGAGAGUGACGAAUACUGUCCCCACUGCGACAACCACUUCGUGAUCGAGGCCGUGACGCCGACCCCGACACUACAUGUGGAAGGUGAGGAUGCGCGGGUGGAUUCGAGGAUGCUCAAGGAUGAUCGCGUUCGGGGUCAUCAGGAGAAAUCCAUCUUCAACUUCAAGGAUAUCUCGGAUCGGUUGGGUUAGACAAUCUAUUGAGUUAGAUGAUAUCCGUCAUGUUGCGUCUGCUCCUUUGAUUGUGCCCUCGGAUUUUUUUCCCCCGAAAAGGUGGAAGAUAUCCCGUAGAGGCUUUAUGAAGAUUCAUGAUACCAUGCUUGCCUUUUUCAAUGUUUGCUUUGAUCUAUACACCUCACUUGCUUGGAUAAGCGUACUGUAUAUCUUUUCCCUUUUUCUCUUGUCCACAUACGUUAUA